GAAAUGCGAUGGCAACUGCGGGAGUGUCAAUGAGGAAGCUGUAUGCGCCAUGUGCAGCAAUGGUGUUGGUGUAUAUUGCGUAUGGCGGAUCCCACAUUCUGGUGAAGAUCGCUAGCGACAAGGGUCUUAACCCUUUGGUCUUCAUCGUUUAUCGCCAUUUCAUAGCCUUCCUCGUCUUGGCUCCUUUUGCUUAUCUCAUAGAUAGAAACAAACGGACUUCUCUCACGCUUUCGAUGACGAUAAACAUCUUUUUGCUCGCAAUCUUAGGCUCAACGAUUCACCUGAAUCUAUUCUACGCUGGAAUCAGUUAUACUUCGCCUAUAGUAACUACCACUUUCAGCAACAUCAUUCCGAGCUUGACAUUUGUCAUGGCCGUUCUGUUUCGAUUGGAGAGAGUGAAUAUCAAAACUGCGAGAGGUGGUGCUAAAGUGUUGGGGACGAUUGUGUGCAUUGGUGGUUCCUUUGUUUUCACGUUUUGGAAAGGACCAUAUGUAACCAAAGGCAUGUUCAAGGAGCCACUCAUAGACGUGUACAAGAAUCAAGGCUCGGGACAUAGCAGUGGCGAGGAUUGGAUAAAGGGCUCGGGUUUAAUUCUUGUAAGUGAGGUUGCUUGGAGUGCAUGGCUAAUUUUACUGGCAUUAGUCACUAGAAAAUACCCAGCACAAUUGACCAUCACUGUUUUAAUGUGCUUGUUUGCAACUGCACAAUCUGGCUUCCUUGCCUUGAUCUUUGCUAGAGAUUUAGAAAAAUGGAAGCUGCAAUGGGAU